AUGGAACGUCUCUUAAAUAUGAUGAAACUAUAUGAAAUCAAAUGUUCACAAUUAAUUCAAUUUACAUAUGGUGAAGAUGGUCUUGUUGGAGAGAAUGUCGAAUUUCAAUCAAUUAUUUCAUUAAAACUAUCAAAUCAAUUAUUUGAAUGUCUCUGUAAAUUUGAUUUAACACAACGUGAAAAAUCUAUAAGAAAAUAUAUAACUGAUGGUGUCAUUCGUGAUUUGUAUCGUAAUGAAUCAUUAGAAUUAUUAGAUGAAGAAUGGAAACAAUUAAAUGAAGAUCGUUCAGAUUUACGUCAAAUAUUUCCAACAGAUGAUAUAUCAAAAAUAGUUUUACCUUGUAGUGUGGAACAAGUUAUUCGUGGUGUACAAAAAUUAACUGAACGUUUAAUUAUUGCUAAACGUGAUGAUCGUUUAUCACAAAUUCAUCGUCUAACUGAUGUUGCUUUUCAUUGGCUUUGUGAAGAAAUUGAAAUACGUUUUCAACAAGCACAAGUUCAAGCUGAAGAAAUAGUUGGAGCUUUAGCUGCACAAUCGCUUGAUAAACCAGCGACACAAAUGACUUUAAAUACUUUCCAUUAUGCUGGUGUUUCUGAUAAAAAUGUUACGUUAAGUGUUCCACGUCUUAAAGAAAUUAUUAAUGUUUCAAUAAAACCUAAAACACGUUCAUUAACUGUUUAUUUAACUGGACAAGCAACAAAUAAUGCUGAAAAAUGUAAACAAGUUUUAUGCAGAUUAGACCAUUGUACAUUAAGAAAAGAAACAGCUAAUACAACUCUUUAUUAUGUUCCUGAUCCACAAGACACAGUUAUUUCUGAAGAUCAAGAAUGGGUUAGUACUUAUUAUGAAAUGCCUGAUCAAGAUAUGACUAAUAUUUCACAAUGUUUUGGUGAUUGUCUUAAUGUUAUAUUUAAUGAUGAUAAUACUGAAAAACUUGUUCUUCGUAUUCGCACUGUCGAUCAAACAAAAUCAACAACAAAUAAUGCAGAUUCAACACG